GCGAAGGAGGAGGUGAAGGAGGAGGUGAAGGAGGAGGAAAAAGAGGAGGCGAAGGCUAUGGGCGGUGAUCCUCCUGUUGACUGGUUCGAGCCCCUUGAGGAGGAUGAUGAUGCCAAUAGUGUUGGUAGGAAUGAUGGAGAAGAAGAAAGCUUGGCAGGAGAAAGUGAAAGGAGUGAGAGUGUGGCAGGCAGCGAGAAGGCCUUCAAAAAGAUCUAUCAGCUUAAUAUUCCCCGCCGUAAGCGAUCACAUCCUGAUGAGGGAUGGGAAGAGUGGCCAACACUCGGAGAGGGUUGGAAACGCAAAGAAGUUGUUCGGCGCUCAGGGAGCAGUAUUGGCCAGAAGGAUGUAUAUUACCUAAGUCCACAAGGUGAUCGAGUGAGAAGCAGAGUAGAGCUGGCUUCGGUGCUGGAGGGACUUCUUGACUUGACAACCUUUGAAUACAAGUCAGGAAAGUUCUACGAUGGCGAAGCACCACCCAUAAGAAUUCGAAACAGAGCAAAGAGAAAGAUCCGGGAGCGUUCUUCCUCAGAGUCCAGCUUUGUAGAAAGAGGAGAGGGCGCCGACACGCCAGACUCUCACCACAGGCUCACCCCCAGCCUGGGCCCCAAAAACGUCAACCCCAACCAGACAGGCUUCUCCUCGCACAGUACAGUGGGAACACCAAACCAAGUCACUCGUGAUGAGGAUCCGCCAGUGGAAGAUAAAAUUAAACUUCCCCCUCCCUCAUCAUCCAAACCGCUCCCGCUCCCCUCCAUAAAUGGAGAAAUUGGGUCAGAGGACAGCACUCUGGUCUGUGCCAGAUGUGGUAUUUCCUUCACAGGCACAUGGUAUGACAAACAAAGGAAGAGGCCCUGUUGUCCUUCCUGUUGGGCAGCCUCAAAGACAAAGGAGCAUCCGAUGAUUCGUUUCAGAAAGUGGAUACCUUGUGGGCAGUGUGUGGGAUGCCACAACACAAUGAAUUGUGGCCAAUGUGCCAACUGCAAGCAUGGCCUGCAGAGCCCUGAGUCCCGGAAACGAAUAUGCCGCAAGCGCAGAUGUGUAUGUCCUAUUCGCAAGGGCCCUGGAGGUGGAGGCUUCCUGCCACAGAGGCCUUAUAAUGACAUUCCUGAAACCUAUGAUGACUCAUGCAUGAGUUUUCAAAGUGAAGUUACAGACUCACAGCUCCCGAGUCUCAAAAACAGCGACACAGAGAACUUCUCAGUGAAUGUGGACGUGGAUGAUGAGGAUGAUAUGUCAACUGAUGAUGACGAUGAUUGGCAUAAGAAGCGGAAGCGUCGCUCCUGCGGAGAAUGUAAAGCCUGUCUCUGCAGGAAAGACUGUGGCACGUGUGAUUUCUGUAUAGACAAACCCAAGUUCGGAGGCAGCAACAAAAAGAGGCAGAAGUGUCGUCUGCGGCAGUGUCAGAGACAGGCAAUGAGACACUUACUACCCUCUCAGAUGGGACAAGGAGAAUAUGGGCCAGAUGGCCCAGUGCUGCCGGGCAGGCCUCGACCUCACUACACAUACAGUCGCAAGUCAGGUUUAAAGAAAAACAAAGCACCGCACGUUGGCUUGGACUUUACCGACAAUGAAGAUGAUGACUGUAACUUACAAGCAAUGAGUUGGAGCUCAGAGCCAGCCAGUGGUAGCAAACACAAUGAAGUGAAUGUGAGAACCCACCAAUCAUCUAUGCAGUUGAAUUAUUCAAAUUUCGGACAGAGGAAUGGACUGCCUGACAGAGUCCCUCACAUCGGCAACCAUAACAACUGUCAGCUAGAGCAGCUAAGCAGAUGGGAUGCAGAGAGAUUGCACGCAAGCAGAGAUGGUCAAAAGCAUGUUGAAGAAGAAGAAGAAGAAGAAGAGGAAGAGGAAGAGGAAGAGGAAGAGGAGUUGCCCAUGAUCACACAGAUCUUCAGUUUGGCUGAUAACCCAGCAGGAAGUGGUGCCGAUGUAGAAAACCAGCUAAUGAAAUUACUACACUCUUUGCGCUCCUCUGUAUUGCCAAUCCUAUGGUAUGCCAUAAUGGUGGAGGGCCCGCAGCUGCAGCUCAUCCAGUGUUCGAAGCAGUCCAGCAUGACCGACACCAUGGUGCUGAUCGACCCAGGCUUCUGCUAUCAGGUCACCGUCCAAAAGCAGCCGCUGCUCCCCACCCACUCACUUUACGACAACUACCCACAACAUUUAACCUCUGUAACUGAGGUGGUCAAUCUGCUUUUGGGCCUGGAGAAAUACGUCGUGUGCCAGGGUCUGCCCCCCAAAGAGCCAUUACUUAACAGAGACCCAAUCAUACUGGAGCGGGCAUCAACAUGUGAUUUCUUGGUUAAGAAGAAUGUGAGCAUCUGUAUUAACUGCAGAGCACUGCAAGGACUUUAACUCCAGCACAGACAGAAGGAAAUCUCUGACCACGUUGGAAACCAUAGAUUUUCUGGUGCAACUUCGUGCCAUUUAUUUCUUUUGGUUCCGUUAUAGGUUUUUUUCCAUCAGUUAUUGUUUUAGGAAGUAACAUAUAUGACAUUCUGCAGCUUUACCUCUGGACUCUAAUAGUAAGAUUUGAUGAAUCGAAGAAUCACCAAAGGCAUUCCAGGAGCUGUGACAUUACAAACCAGGAGUGGUUCUACCGUUGUUGGUUGGUUAUGUCAGAGCUUGGGUUGAGUAACGGUAUGUAGAGCUGAAAUCCAUGUGUGAGCCAGGAAUAUACAGUAUAUUCCUCACCCCCUUCCAUUAUAAUUAAUUGAGUGGUAGUUAAAUCCCAAAUUUUUUCUUUCAGCCCAAAAAUAGACCAGAAAUUCGAAGUAAUCAACCCACCUUAUCUUUUCACCAGCAACACUGGCCAUCACAAUGUUGUCUUGCUACCCAUGUACUGUGAACCAUAUUUAAUUAAAUCGAAAAGCAGACUCAA